CACACAUAUAUAUAUAUAUAUAUAUGUUGACUUUCUGACUUUGGCUGAGAAUUAGUGUACAGUUUUGCAGAUUUGGUGUGUGGUUCUGGUGUUUGAGUGUCAGUUUUCAGAAAUUGUGUGAAAAGUAAGGAUUCUGUGUGUAAGCAGUUGAAAAAAACUGUAACUGUGGCAUUUUUAUAUUCUUUUUCCGUUAAAAAUUACAAACAUAUGCAGUGUAAAUAACCAUGCUACUGAUUUAAAAGUGAAGGCAAAGUCCAAGACAAUACCACCCACAAUAAAGCCCACGAUUGUGUCCUUUUUUAAAGAUCUAAGAAUUUGAAUAUUAUUUAAUUAUAUGUAUAUUGCUGUAAAGGCUAUAAUGUGUGUGUGUGUGUGUGUGUGUGUGUGUGUGUGUGUGUGUGCGUGUGCAUGUGUGUGUGUGUGUGUGUGUGCGUGUGCGUGUGCGUGUGUGUGUGUGUGUGUGUGUGUGCGUGUGCGUGUGUGUUUUACACACAGCUAGUAACAAUAACCAUUAGGACAUUACUUUAAAAAUUCCCCUAAGGAGACCAUCGCCACUUAGCUUUGAAGUGUGGAGUACAUUUACUAUUCCAUAAUAGAUGUGUUACAAGUCACAGAAGGGAAAUCAUUACUGGUACUCUGGUCAGAAAAGCUCAAGAGAAUUAAUGAGCAGUCUGAGACGUCUGGCCUAUAUCUCAGUAAUUAAUUAUGCUUCUUGUCAAAUUAUAGCAUGAUAAACUGUUGUAAGCCCAUCAUCCUAAAGCUGUUAUCCUUCACAGUAUAAAUUAAUACCAUUAUAUUUAGACAAGUACUAAGGUAAUAAAAUACUGUAUUUGCAAAUUGUCUGCAUUAGUUGUCAAGGUCAAAAUAGCACACCCCUGUCAGAACAUGCCAUUUGGUAGCUAAGAGAUCAGACUAAACAAAACAAACAAACAUACCGUAGACUACAGGGAAACAGUUCACUGAGUGUCCCCCGCCUGUGUCCCGAGACGCUGGGAGAGGCUCCAGCAUCCCCCUGCAGAGGAUAAAACGAAACAGACAUAUGGAGAGCCGCAUAACCAAUCAGGAACGCACUUUAAGCACUCUACUGGAACAAGCCGUGAAGAUCAGGGACGAUGUGGUGACUGGUCUACGUGCAACUCAGGGUUCAGUAUUGAUGGAGUCGUCUGCUAGAAAACUACUGGAGAACCACAUUCAGAUCAUAACUCAUAUCGUCAAACAGCUCAGCAGAGACAUCCAGGUGCUGGAAGCCCAGAUUAUUGAGAGAGACAACCUUGCUGCAGGGACGACUUUUGCAGUGAAGAGCUUGGAUCACAAGAACAUGAUGGGUAUUGGAGAUCUCAGAGGCAGAGUGGCAAGAUGUGAUGCUAGCAUUGCUAAACUGUCAUCUGAUGUUGGCAAUGGAGGGCGGGACAUUCUGAAACUCCAACAGGAAGUGAGUGAGUUACGCUCUGAGCUGGAGCUGAAGCUGAGAGACAUGGAGCUCAAGCUGUCUCAGGAUGUAGGAAAACUAGAGAUGUCAAUGUCAGAGAAGUUCAUCUCUCAGAGAAACGCCACUGGAGAUUUACAGAAGGAGAUACAACAACUGGAUGUAAAGACCUCUAGUGGGCUGAUGGAGAUGGAGGAGCAGACCGUGAGACUGAGGAAGUGGGCCAAGGAGCAGAUGAAAACCGCAGUUCAAUCACACACACUGUGCAGCCAGCUGCACACACUGCUGCAGGAAAGAGUGGUGGAAGUGGAAGGCAGGCUAAAGGAGAAAAUGGUUCUUCUUUCUGGGCAUCUGGAAAGGUUGGAGGCACAAUUGGAGAAGGUGCGAUCAGCUGACAAGACCAAGUGUUCAGAGAGCAAACUCAACAGCAAGAUCAACACUUUGGAGAAGAGCUUCAGAGAAGAGCUAGAGCAGAUGAGGAGGGAGUACCAGUCUGGGUUUCAGGCGGUUCAUGAUGCCAUUGCAUCUCUGAGACACAUCGGUGACACCAAAGCCAAGCUGGACAAAGGAGAGCUGCAAAGAGACAUAAGACAGAUCCAGAGAAACAUGGUGGGACUGAAGGAAUUCUGACCAGAUUAUCCUUUUAAAAACAUAUAUGCUGGAAUAUAUAACCUGUGUCUGAGAUCACAAAGUAUGAUUCAGCAAAAUGUGGGCAGAUGGACAAUACAAUCAAAUAAGCUCUACAUUUGUUUCCUCGAUUGAAAAAAAGGAUUUAGCCGGUCUCCGUGAGGUCAUUUCCUGUAAAUCUCUUUUUGCCAACCCAGACUUUACAUUCAGAUUCUGAGUGAACAAUCAUAGUUGAUGAAAUUCAAACAAGGUACAAUUAUGUCAAAUCAGAGAUUAGAUAUGCAACUCAUGAGGCUUAAUACUGAAAGAUUAGGAAGAUGAACUGUUCAGUGUUUGUCCGCACGUCCCCAGACCAGUAUUGAUUGUAAAGAAACGCUAGAAUAAACAAACAAGAUCUCUUUGUUUUCAUUUAAUUUUCCAAGCCACCAAUGCAUACUUGCAAAGCAUUAAUAUACUCAACACCAUAAACUAUUACUGUUAUUUCCCUCUUGUUUCUCUUUGUGUUUAUGCUUUAAUAUUUUAGAGACACAAUGGCUUUUUGUAGUUGACCGUAGGUCAGUUCUGCAUAGAUGGAAAUGACAGUGGGGAAAAACAGAGGUCCAUUAAUUCUUCUAGUGCUUCUGUAAGAUAACUGUUGUCAGAUAAAAAGCAAUUAAUUAGAAUUUUUGGCUUCUCUGACAACAAACAAACAAUUUGAGAAGCAGACAUCCCACUGCUGCAUUUUCAAAUGUGCCUAAUAGUGGCUACACUAAGCAAUGACUGUUUUCAGGCUCCUACAGUGAUGAACCAUGAUAGAAGUGCUUUUGAGUUACAUAAUGGCAAUACCAGCACAUUUAGUUUAUUUUAGUCAGCCGAGGCCUGUGGCAAUACUAAUUAUGUAGAAAGAUUGUCGCUGGGAGGAAGGCACAGAAAAAUAAUAAUGAAUCAUAACAAUGAAUCAAUCAAGUGUCAACACCCAUUUGAAUGUGAAACAAUGGGCAGAGGCUAAUUCCAUUACACCAUAAACAGCUAUUAAAAAGCCAUUCAUAUAGAUUAAAGGAUUAGAUCACUUUCAAAUGAUAAUUAGCCCAAGCUUUACUCACCCUCAAGCCAUCUUAGGUGUAUAUGACUUUCUUGAUGAACACGAUCAGAAAUAUUUUAAUAAAUAUCCUAACGCAUCCGAGCUUUGUAAUGGCAGUGAACGGGUCACGAGGAUGAGCUGAAGAAAGUGCUUCCAUCCACAUCCAUCCAUCUUAAACGUGUACUCCACGCAGCUCUGGGGGGUUAAUAAAGUCCUUCUGAAGUGAAGUGAUGCGUUUGUGCAAAAAAAUAACAAGUUAUGAAGUAAAAUAUCUAGCUUCCGCCAGACCGCCUUCCGUAUUCAACUUAAGAAGGAAGUGUAAACUGGCGUUGCAUCAGUUACACUUUUUCCGUAAGUUGAAUAGGGAAGGCGUAGGACGUUGCGUAACCAUUUUGAACUGCGAAAGGCGUCACACUUUCUUCGUACAUUGAAUACGGAAGGCGGUCUGGCAGAAGAUAGAUAUUUUACUUCAUAACCUGUUAAAUAUGGAUUUUUUUUUUUUUUUUUUUUUUUUU